UGAACUGUGAUAAAUUCCAGCCCUUCUCACCCAUUAGUGCCAGAAAAGAGGAGUGAAAUCCACGAGAGAGAGAGAGAGAGAGGGACAGAGUUGGAUUAGAUUGGAUCGGUUAGGAAGAUAAAGAGCAAAAUUACAAGUUGGAGUGUUUGAUUGAAGAAUAAUGGGGGAAUCUUCAGAAGACUUGCAGCAAUCGUUCUUGAAGAGGCACUGGGAGGGCUACAAGGAGUUCUGGGCAGAGAGGUUUUCCUUCUUGGACAACUAUUCCAGGUUCAUCAAGCGUGAUAAGCCCCUCCCCUCGUGGUCCUCCCUCGAUGUCCAAGAGUUCAUUGCUUCUGACCCUGUUCACGGCCCCACUCUGCAAACUGCUAGGGAAGCCGUGAACUUUGGCCUCACCGGAAGUGUUAUUGGAGCUGUAUCUACUGCAGGUGUUACCUGGAAAUAUUCGAGGAGCUUACAUGGUGCUGGGCUAUCCUUUCUAGCCGGAGGUGUGUUUGGUUGGACAUUUGGACACGAAAUUGCAAACCACUGGCUGCAACUUUACAGGUUGGACACCAUGGCUGCACAGGUUAAGUUUAUGGAGUGGUGGGAAAAGAAGUGUGAGGGACGGUCUUAACUGAAUUUUGCAAAGGAAGAUGCGCAGCUUUGUUCCCUUUUCUACAAUAAGAAUCCUUUGGUACAAACGUAACUGUCGAUUGAAGUACCUUCGCUUUUUCAUAGAAGUGAGGUAUUUCAUCUUUUAUCUUUCAUAAAACAACAGUCCCAAGAAAGUGACUUUGUUGCAGCAGUAUUUCUCUUUCAACAUGUUGAAGUUGAUGCUGCUUUUCUGCUACA